GUUUUGUGCAAAGUACUGCAUUGUAGUCAAGGUCAGUCUUCCGAAAUUCAUCUGCCAACCAGCGCCCUUCAGAUAUUUUUGCCUGCAAUCAACCUUUCACUUGAGGAGACAUGGACCCUGGAAGUGGGAAUUCAAAUCAUGAAUCAACGGAAGUUCCAAUAAAUAUUAAUCAGCAGCAGCAAAAUCUGGAACGAUGUGAACAAAAUAUUCAGUGGUUACCUUCCCUUCAUUUGUUGACUGAUCGGAACCGAGAAAAGGAGAAAUUACGUUUGGAUCUUCUUAACGCUGCACUAGAGGGAAAUAUUGAUGCAGUUAAUGGUCAGCUAUUUAAUCCUCUGCUCAGUGAUUCUUCAUCAAGCUCAUUAAGUGCGUCUUGUUCAUCAAGCUCCGCUUCAACACCAAGUCCAUUCAAUGUUGCAAUAACAGAGAAACACGAAACUAUUUUCCAUGUAGCAGCAGGAGCAAAUCAAACUGACUUUGUAGAGAAGAUGAUUGAUAAGAUAGCACCAGAUGACCUCAAGUUGCAAAACGUAAAAGGGAACACUGCCUUCUGUCUUGCUGCUAUGGCUGAGAAAAUGUUGAAUAAAGACCCAGACCUGUUGACAAUCCGAGGUGGCGGUAAUUUGACUCCAUUAAAUCUGGCUGCUAUGUUUGGAGAAAGGCAAAUGGCGUUAUAUUUAUACCGGCAGUAUGAUAGAGGAACACUGACAUUAGCUGACAAAAAACAAUUAUUUUUUGAUAGCAUCGAUACUUCUUUGUACGAUCUUGCAAGGGAAUUGCUAGAAGGUGAAGAUGCUAAUGAAAAUGAAUUGGCUGUGACUGAAUGAAUACAAGCAUGGCAUGGAUCGUUUGACACCCUUGCAUCGGUUGGCUUUAGCGCCCUUUCAUCUGUUGGACCAAAAUAACAGAAGUAAAGAGUCUGUCAAAUGUUUUUGGGAGAAAAUAUUAUAGAUAACAGGCCAAAAGAGUGAAAGUGACAAAACAAGUUCAUUAAAUCAAGCUCUAGCGUUAGUCAAAUGCCUUUGGGAGAAAAUAUUCGAGGCAAAGCGUGACCAAGUUUGGGAUUACUUAAAAGAGCAUCGUGAUUUAUUGUUCAAAGCAGCUCAAUUAGGGAACUUCAAAUUCUUGGGUAAACUCAUCGAACUUUAUCUUGAUUUGGUGCAUCUCAAAGAUGAUAAUGAACAGACCAUCACAUUGCAAUUAUGUAUCGCCAUGAUGAUUUAUUUAAGUUAAUAGAUCAGAUAGGUUUCAACAAACAGUUGAUAGCAUCCUAUCCAGACAGCAACGAAAAUAGUUUAUUACAUCUAGCUACAAAAUAUCCAAAUCCAAGACCAUUAAGCAUAGUGCCAGGUGUUACGCAUUCUUAAGGAUGUUGAAAAGCUUGCAUUGCCUUCAUUUAGAGGAUUGAAGAAUUCAGAAGGCAAAACACCUCGAGAGCUCUUCACUAGUACACAUGCAGGCUUACGGAAAGAUGGAGAAAAGUAGAUGAGGAACACAGCUAGUCAAUGCAUGCUUGUUGCAACAAUCAUUGCUACUGUGGUUUUUUAAGCGGCUUUCACUGUACCAAGAGGUAACAAUAAUUUGGAAGGAACAUCUACCCAUCGAGGUAAUGUUGUGUUCCAUAUUUUUGUUAUAGCAGAUAUAAUUGCGUUAUCCUCCUCCUCGAUUUCAAUCCUAAUGUUUUUGUCUAUUCUUACAUCCCGUUAUGCACAAAAUGAUUUUUUCAAAUCAUUACCGAUUAAGUUGUUGAUAGGACUAUUAGCGCUAUUCACAUCUAUAGAAACCAUGUUGUUAGAAUUUAUUUCAAGCUUUUACAUGGCUUAUAAUCACUAUAAGUCAAUGUUAGUCCCUAUUUUAGGUACUAUUUUUGUAUUUCUAUCGUUAUUAGUGUUUGGUUUUUCCCAAUAUGGUCUUUUGAGAGAUAUAUUAUCCUCAUCAUUCCAUUUUCGGUUUUUUCCAAGCCAGUAUAAUGUUAGGAAACAGAAAUAAAGUUGUAUAUGUCAUUUCCAACUGUCGACCUGUAAUUUCAUCUGAUGUAUUAAUGAAACUGUAUUACCCAAAAUGGAGU